AUGCUCCGAAAAGGACACCUCAAGGAAUUGUUGAUCGAACGGGGAAUGACCAACUUUGCCAGAGGAUGCGAACAACAUCAGGGAUCGCGGAAGCCGCCCUCACCAACCCGCACCAUCCAAAUGAUCAUCGGCGGCGACGACGCCUCUAUCAACAGCGUAAAUUUCACCAUGACCCAUAAGCUCAAACGGUCGAUCACUCACGAACGGUAUGACAAACUCGAAGAAAGUAUAAUCAUCGAUAAGUCGGAUACCCACUGUUUGGCUUUCCCUCACUAUGAUGACCUUGUUAUCACCUUACGAAUUUUAGACAUAGAUGUGAGACGCAUUAUGGUAGAUGAUGGGAGCGGCACGUGCAUUAUCCACCCUCGGGUACUUGCACAAAUGAAAUUUGAGGAUAAAAUAGUGCCGCAUUGCAUCACGCUAGCAGGUUUUAACAAUGCAGUUGAACGAACAUCUGGAAAGAUCACACUUCCCGUCCUGGCCAGCAGCGUCACUCUGGAAACCACAUUCCAUAUCAUGGACCAGGACACAGCGUACAAUGCCAUAAUAGGCGACCCUGGAUACACGCCAUGA